AUGGAUGGAGAAAAUCAGACAGUUGUGUCAGAAUUUAUAUUCUGGGGACUUGCCAACUCAAAGAAUCUUCAGCUCUUACUCUUUUUGAUAUUCUUAAUGCUUUAUCUGCUCAUCGUGUCUGGAAACAUUGUCAUCCUGAUAUUAAUAACCACUGACCCCCAUCUUCAUUCUCCCAUGUACUUCUUGUUGGCCAACCUGUCUUUUAUUGAUAUGUGGCUCUCCUCAAACACCACUCCUAAGAUGAUCACAGACUUUCUUUGGGAAAACAAGACUAUUUCCUUUGCAGGAUGCAUGUCCCAGGUCUUUUUUUCCCAUUGCAUUGUUGGAGCAGAGAUGGUAUUGUUGGUGGUAAUGGCUUAUGAUCGCUAUGUAGCCAUCUGCAAACCCCUCCACUAUUUCACCAUCAUGAACCUGAAGCGAUGCACUGGGUUGGUGUUGGCUUCCUGGACAGUUGGCUUUAUUCAUGGUAUAAGCUACGUGUUAGUGGUUAUGCAGCUACCUUUCUGUGGUCCCAACAAAAUAGACAGCUUCUUCUGUGACAUGCCACUGGUAAUCAAGCUAGCGUGCAUGGAUUCACAUGAUUUAAAUACUUUAAUGAAUGCUGAAUGUGGUGUUCUGGCUGUAACCUGCUUUGUAGUGUUGCUUAUUUCCUACACUUACAUCCUUAUCACCGUUCGCCAGAGUUCGAAAGCCGGAGCUUUGAAGGCUCUGUCCACAUGCAGUGCACAUAUCACCGUGGUGAUGCUCUUUUUCGUGCCCUGCAUCUUCAUCUAUGUUUGGCCCCUCAGUAUCACCUGGUUGGACAAAUUUCUUGCUGUGUUUUAUUCUGUUUUUACACCUCUCCUAAACCCAGCUAUUUAUACACUGAGAAAUAAAGAGAUGAAAAAUGCUAUGAAAAGAUUCAUUGGCAAAUUUCUGGGUGCCGCGGGAAAUUCCUAA